CUGGACAAGCCUACUGUCGCAUGGGAAGUGCUCCUAAAUUGUGAAAGGCAUAGUCUCUGUAGACCAGGCUGACAAGGAACUCACUAUAUCGCCCAGGCUGACUUCAACUCACUCGAGAUCCAGAUCCACUUGCCUCCUGAGGGCAGAGCUUUCAGGUGUAUGCCACCACACCCUAUCUGACUUGUGGAUUCUUGAUUGAGAUCCUCCGUCUCUUUCUAGCUUGGCUUCUCAGAUGAGAUUUCUUCUUCUACAGAAUGAGAAUGAGCUGUGUGUUGACUUUCAGGUCAACAAAACACCACUGGAUCACGAACUUCAGCCGUCCAUGCUUCCAUGGAUCCAUUGGGUUGUUUGUUCCACCAAGUCCUCCUUUGGACCCUCAGAAAGUCAAAGAGUUACAGCGCUUCAUCACCCUUUCCAAGAAACUUCUAGUGAUGACUGGAGCAGGUGUCUCCACUGAGUCAGGAAUCCCAGACUACAGGUCAGAAAAGGUGGGACUUUACGCCCGCACUGACCGGAGGCCCAUCCAGCAUGUGGAUUUUGUACGGAGUGCUCCAAUCCGCCAGCGGUACUGGGCAAGAAACUUUGUAGGUUGGCCUCAGUUCUCCUCGCACCAGCCGAACCCUGCACACUGGGCUUUGAGCAACUGGGAGAAACUCGGAAAGCUGUACUGGUUGGUGACUCAAAAUGUGGAUGCUUUGCACACCAAGGCAGGGAGUCAGCGCUUGACAGAGCUCCAUGGAUGCAUGCACAGGGUCCUCUGCUUGGGAUGUGGACAGCAGACUCCCCGGGGGUUGCUGCAGGAGCGCUUCCGAGCCCUGAACCCCAGUUGGAGUGCCCAGGCCCAGGGCGUGGCCCCCGAUGGUGACGUGUUUCUCUCAGACGAGCAGGUGCAGAGCUUUCAGGUCCCAUCCUGUGUGCGAUGUGGAGGCCCUCUGAAGCCAGAUGUCGUUUUCUUCGGGGACACAGUGAAUCCUGACAAAGUUGAUUUCGUGCACAGGCGCGUGCAAGAAGCUGACUCCCUGCUGGUGGUGGGAUCGUCCCUGCAGGUGUACUCUGGUUACAGGUUUAUCCUCACCGCCCGGGAGAAGAAGCUACCUAUUGCCAUACUGAACAUUGGGCCCACAAGGUCAGAUGACUUGGCCUGUCUGAAACUGAAUUCUCGCUGCGGGGAGCUGCUGCCUCUUAUAGACGCACAGUGACCACAGCCUGACCUUCCUCAGCCAAACAGGGACUUUCCCUGAGUCCCGCUGCUAAAGAUUCCUAAGGAUUCAUCCCUUUUUCCUCAAACUAAUAGAAGCUCCCUGAUUGCAUGCAGUAGAGGGCAGCAAACCAACGUCUCUCAGCCAGCCCAUCUCAGAACCACCCAGCUUUCAGAGCAGGGGUUAAAGUCUUCAGAUGGAUGAGAUUUGCCCUGAAGACUUUGAAAGAAGCAGCUGCUCUUGAUGGGAAAACUGCAAUCAUUUCCUUUUAUGUCACCUGGCAGAAGAAACAGCCUGGGAAAUGUGUAGGCCAGAGUGGUCUCCAGAGUGCUAACCCAGAGAUUUCACUAAUUUGGGGA